CAAUGGGUCGUUGAAGAAUCAGAUGGGAAUAAGUAAGGAAGCAGGAGUGGGAGCAGCGUGGGCAAAGUAAGGGCACCGAUCCUACUACUGCAGUAGUUUAACCAGAGUUGCGUCGGAGUCUCCGUCAGCCAAGUGCCGUCCGAUAUCUCUCAGCAGCGGGUUUUUUUCCUGCGAAACAACACGGCUCUUCUCCCACCGUCGUUUUCUCUCCUCCUCAGUUCCAUCCGCCUUCUGGUGCACUGCUCACCCGUCAUUGGGAAACUCCGAGAGAAGUGCAAGCAGAGAGAGAGAGAAACAGGCCAGGUUUCAGUUUUCAUACUUUUUUUUAGGAAAUCUACGGCGAAACAGUAUUCGUAUUUAUACAUAAUUUUUUACAUACGAAAGUGAUUGAACAAUAUGCCACAGAGUUCUGUCAAGAAGAAGAAGGAUUAAGUUUUUGUCAGCGAAUCGUUGCAGUGAGUGAGUACACGGGACACGAUGUAGACGCUGCGGGUAGUGAAGAAAGUGGCCAACCAAAUAAUGUAGAGAGAGAAACGGAGCAAGACAUUAUCCUUCCUAUUUUUAUAGUCAAUACGGACAAAUCAAAUACCCACUCUAAUUUUGGAGUAUCGCUUUGGGUCAGCAACCCAGAAAAUAGCCAUUUGUGCUGGGAAUAACACGGCGAGGUUGAUUGAGGAGUCGACUAUAAAGAUUACUAUUAUAUAUUUGGACGACCCUCGUCGUAAUGAAUGCUUGGUCAACUUGCCAAUAAAAAGUGUCCAGUUAAGCAAAGAGUGAGUGAAAAGUGCAGAGAAAGCAGUAAAAGUAAAGUAUCACCAAUCCCCGUACCACACCGUCGCAUGUACAUACGUUACGUAUGGACAUAAUCCAUGGCCAAAACUGAGCUCGUCUCGUACACACCGUAGCUCGACACGGAAUUUCUCCAUUCUCACACACACUUGACUGGAGCGGAGUCACAACAUUCUGAGUUUCCUUACAUAUCGUUGGCUAGGUGUGAGUGGCAGUGGCUGCAGAAGAAGUGGCAGAGUGAAAGCUGCUGGUGUGUAGUAAGAACAAAAAGAUUAUUACGGAAAGCUGUCGUCUCCUCAAGGUUGGACUGCCACCAGGGAGCUGGAUUCUGGACCCUUGUCUCUCUCCUCCCCCUCCGUGCAUUCCUAUCCGGAUGAUGACGGUUUGAGAUUUCUGUCCAUGUAGAUAAACUGUGGAGGUGCCGUUGGUGGUGGAGUUGGAGGUACAGUUGGUGGUGAGAGAUUGUGCUGAUUAUGAACCAGGGGAGAGUGGAAGAUGAGAAUAAUCCAGUCCUCCUCUCCCCCUCACUCAGUCGUAGUAGCAGCAGUGCACCUUAGCUGGCCUUGUUCUCGACGUGGUGGUGUUGUUGGUGUCCAUGUCGAUGGGGAUGAGGAUGCUGAGGACUUAAGGAAUGGUGUUGAGACGGUCAAAGCAACUCACCCCGCGUGGAUCCGUAGUGAAAGUAGUGGAAUUAACCAAAAUAAUCAGGAGAGACAAUUACUAUGCCGUCCAAAUGCCAAAUCCCCCGAGAUUGGAGCAAAUCAGAGCAGCUGAGUGUGAGUGAAAAGAUCAGUUUAAGAUCCGGAACAAACUCAGCCUCGGCCCGUUACGUGAAUUCUGUGUCAGAUUUGUAUGCGGAAGACGAGAUUGACGCGCUGUUAGAUGUGAUCCGUGACCUCGAGCCAGUUCAUACUGAUGAUGACCAAUUUGAAAUCGACGGCUCCAUACGGUUGCCAUUUGAUAUGACCUGUGACGACUCCCGAACAUCCAUCCGAUCGUGGGAUUCACACACCUUUUACCACAACAACACAAUGGAAGACCCCGCAACGAGACAAGGUGGACCCAUUUCGAUGUAUUGUGAUACAAACCAUUUUAAGACGCCCAUUGGAAUACUUAGAAUUGUUCUACUGGUGGCCUCAGCAGUCAGUUUAGGCUGCUUAGUGUACUCUGGGACGGCCAAAUAUGGACUAUUCAUGCUGCCCUACGUCGCAAGAAUCAGAUUUAUGCUCUUCAUCAUCUUGUUCAAUGCUCUCGUCACACUUCUUUUGCUCUUCCUGGACGUAUCUCUGCUUCAUCAUGCCUUCCCAAUUCACUACCACAAAUGGGUGAUUGCGGUAUAUGUGAUGCUUUGCUCAGGAUUUUGUGGAGCAUCAGCCCUGAUAGUGAGCCUAGUCCACAUAUACGUGGAACAUUUUCCCUGGGUGGCCAAAGUCACGCGAGAUCAGCUCAUUGCUUGCAGCGUGUUUGGUUUCCUGGCUGGUUUCGCAGCUCUGCUAAUGGCCGUGUUUGCCACGUACGAGCUGUGUCGCCUCCACCUUCCCAUCGGGCGAGAGGACACUGACCAAUUGACACUGACUGAACGAGCUUCGAGAGAGAUGCAGCGAAUGCAGGACUCCACAUCCAGUACGAACAAAAAGUCGCAGAUGCUACAUUCUCCCCCGUCCGCUAUGGAACCCCCAGUCACUGCCACAAUUUGGCCCAUUGACGAUGUUCAGCCCUGUUCUUCUAAACAUAUUACGUGUCCUCCGCCCAACUGUAACAAUACCGGAAGUCAUAUUCACGGUCAUUCCCAAAACGUGGGUAGCUCUCUACGAUAGCAAAGCCAUGCUUGUCCCCAUUCUUGCAGCACCGCAACGAUUGUUCAUACCAUUCCUCCUGAAAGUGAAGGACCGAAGCAGUUCAGUGCAGUGUCUGGUAUGAAAUUGACUGAAGAAUGAACUACCUUGCAGACCGGGAGCCCCAGUGGGAUGAAUUUUUUAUGGAAUAUUAUAACCCUAUAAUAAAGCCCUCGAACGCAUGAAUCCGUGAGAAUCGAUGUGAAUUCUAAGCAUCCAUAAACAAACCAAAUGUCGUCCUUUGUACUUUCAGCCAGGAAACCUGCCAGUUUAAAUUUCAAACGUAGAUUAAGUGACAGGAAAAUCCAUUCAGAAUUUUAGUUAUACUGUCACUCAUAAUAUUUUUCUGUCAUUUAUCAAUAUUUGAGUCCUUCAACUUUUGACAAAUCACUUUCAUACUUGAUGCAAAUGUGCUGAAUUAAAUUAAUUCUCCCUUAAAAUUUUGAGACUCUAGUUUCUGGUAUGACUGACACACUGAUGAAGUAAUGGAAUGUCGAUUCGAAUGUUGUGAUAUCUUCCAGUAGAAAAGUAGAUAACAAAAACUGGCGUAACUUACUAAUGGAAAUACCUCGUAAAAAUAUUAAUGCGAACCAUUUACAUACUAAAACUCUUUCUACUGCUGAGCAUAUAAAGUGCAUGCAAAUACGUGUGUCCUCAAGACGGGGGUUUACUACAGAUUUUAAGAAAUGUACAAUUUUUAUCUCCCGAAUGAACACACACAACAACGACGGACAAUGGUCUCGCUUAACUGUACUAAAAAUAUUAUAUUCUCAAAUUCAUCAUUCCUGCAUGAUUAUAAAUAUUUAAUAAUACUUGUGAUUCAAGAUCUGAUUUCCCACUUGAACGAUUAUUCACAAAGCCCGAUCGUUGAUGGCCAAAGGUUAAAAAUAACACUAUAUGUAACUCUCUUCUUAAUGUUUAGUCUUUGUUAGCUCAAGUAAAUACAAAAAUAGCCAAAAUCUAAAUUUUUAUCUUUUAGACUGCAUACAACUAUCUAUUUGUACUAAAAUUAUGAAAUAUAUCUGUAUGUACACCAUUCCAGUACCAAAUAGUCAGAUUACUUAUUAUGAUCUCCAAUGUUCUCAUACAUAUACGUUAAGUAAUACAAUGCAAACAAAGGCAAUGGAAUAAAAUCUCUACUACUUCAAUUAA